AGUGACUUCGCGCCCGAGACGGUCUCGCAUACGGUAAACGUGGUGUGAGCGGAAACAUUGUGGAAGCAUCAUGCUGAAGACGGUCGCUCUCCUCUGUGCCGCGCUGGCGUGCAGCCACGCGGUGGUUCUCAGCGGUUACAACGGCGGCCAUGGCCUGUCCUACAGCGAUUACGGCGAUCUCGACGGGUAUUACGGAUCCGCGGCCGGAUACAAAGUCCUGCCGACGGUCGCGGUGCCGGUGCACGCGGUGUCCGCCGCGCCGCUGCACGUGGACGCGUCUCUGGAUCACGAGCUGCACGGCUAUAAGCACCACACCGAUCAGGAUCACGACUAUUACUCGCACCCGAGAUACACCUUCAAUUACGGCGUGCACGAUCCCCACACCGGCGACGUGAAGACCCAGCACGAGGUGCGGGACGGCGACGUCGUCCACGGCUCGUACAGCGUGAACGAGCCCGACGGAAGCGUGCGCAUCGUCGAGUACACGGCCGACGACCACAACGGGUUCAACGCCGUCGUGAAGAAGGUCGGGCCCGCGGUGCACCCGGUGAAACCGGUGCCGAUCGUCAAGUACAUCUCGCCGGCGCACUUCAACAGCUACGACUACGAGAAGCACUAUUAGGAGCCGUCCAGCCAUCCAUCCGGCGUGUAAAUAGGCGACGAAUCGGGCGUUUUUUUUCGCUAAGAGGCAUAUUAGUCGAUAUACAAUCAGUCUGCUAGUCAAGCGUGACGGCGAAACAGCGCUCUCGAAGUUCGAUCGCGGACGCACCCUUCAGGUGGGAUUUAAUUAAUCAUUCAGCAACGAAAAAAAAAACAGAAAAAAUUGUGUGUGGACUCGUUUUUACCCGUACAAAGAAUUCUCAUGUAUAAAACAAUUAGACUUUAGGAGGGGGAUUUAGGAUUGUACCUUUAAAAUACACUGCGAUAAAUAAAUAAAUAUAUAUAGUUUUCAACUGAAAUUAUAUCGAAGAAUGCUAACUCCUUUCCCGCAAAACAACGUUUGAUAUUAUUUUCUACUAAAAUAAAAGUAUUUUUGUCUUAUAAUCUUUGAUUUUUCAUCGCUCGAGUCCGAAGCAUCUAAUCGCACCUCUUAUUAUACGUAUAUAGCGGCACAAAAAAUCGAAAUUGCUCCUUUCUGCACGGUUAAUCGGAAAUAGCUCCGUCUAUUUAUUUCACCCUUCGCCCGACGAUUCGCAAAAACCGCACGAAGGCGUCCUGCGCGUCUCUUUAAAAAAAAAAAGGAAAACCAUUUGACGGAAUUGGAAAUUGUACGAUGUAACCGCGCAUGUCUGAAGUAUCGAUUUGUAUUUGCGGAGCGACUCUCUACGUAAUAACGUAGAUUUCAUUUAUUCUCCGAGAUGCCUCUCGUGCGUUCAGGUUUUUCAGGUUUCACUGUAAAAAUAUAAAUACGCAACUACCGCGAAUAAUAUUUGAAAAGAAUAUGUAAACGCGUCUCACCGCGCACGCGCCUCGUAGAAAGUUGUAGGGCUACAGAAAAACGUGACAAGCGAAUAUCGAUCAAUCGCAAUAAAAAAGGCUAAAUAACGUAUAAGCAGCAGCAAAUCCAACAUACUGAUUUCUUUGCUGCUUAAGAUUUUCCGUGUGUGCUAAUUCUCUUGACCCUUAGGGUCCGCCUACAAUAAGGGUAGUAAAUCGUAAGUCUUAAGAAAUUGACCAAUUAUAAUCGAUUAUUCUUCUCAUAUUCGACUGUGAUUAGUCAAUUUUUUACAGCUCACGAUUUACUACUGUUAUUGUAGUACGACCCUUUAUGCGGCGAAUCUACAGUAAGAGUCGUAAGUCUUGAAGUCGUAGGAAAUUGACCAAUCACAGUCGAAUGUGAGGAGAAUAAUCAAUUGUGAUUGGUCAAUUUCUUUAAGACCUUUAUUACUUAUGACUCUCCUAUUGCAGACCCACAUUACGCUCAAAUCCGUCCGAGAAUCCCUUUGCGAUCUAUGUGCAAUAGCAUGAUGAUGUGAACCGCGCGGGAAUUUAGAUUUAAAUCUCUAUGCUACGGAAAACGAGAAAUAUCAAAUUCACGUGAAACGCGAUAGAAAAAAAAUACGAAUGUAUAUUUUUGGCGAACGGCACGCGGCUGACGAAACGGGUUUCGUUAUAAAAGUAUAGGAAGAUAGAAGUAUAAGCCUUUUGUCCACAUUAUAUUGUAAAGUGAAAUGUGAAAUCGUAAAGAAUUGAUACUCUGACGACGAUGUUAUGUAAAACUGGUUUUACGUCCAAAUAAAAGUUUUAUGUCAAAGUAAAACAGACAAUUUAGGUAGGUAUA